UGGCCAAUUGGCGCCGUCUCAGGGCAGGGCCUGCAAGUUUAUCAUUUUGCUAGAAAAAGCGAAGUGAGGAAGAGUCAAUGACAAGCACCCGGAAAAAUCGGCUCUAAAACGGACGUUUUCCUCUGCUACAGCUCAAAAGGCUACGUACAAAAGGAUCUACAGACACGUGUUUUUGAAAACUGGCAGAGCAAAAGUGAUUAGUCUCCUGCGAUCAGAGGGCUUUCCGGAUAAACAGAGGAUUGUCAAUCCUCAGCAGACCGAAUUGGACACAAUGAUAUCCAUAGAAGUCAAGUAGCUGUAGACAGUGAUGGAUAUUCUCCAGCAGCUUGUUCUCCUGCUCUGGAAGAACAUCACUUUCCGCAGAAGAAACAAGAGCUGGCGAGUGUAAGCCUCAAAUCCCACUGACCUCCAGCAACAAGUCAUGCCAAUCCAGAGGCAAAUCCCUGAGAUUUUGCAAAGGCAUCGCAACCAGGACAGCCCCACAACAUCCAGGACCUCGAGGAAUUCUGGGCGCUCAGACCUUGCCGCAUUGGAUAUUGAUGGAGAUGAAGUCAUCAAAGUAUGCUUGGAUUGCAAUCACGAGAUAAUCGCCGCCAUUUCUACAGACAAGCUAGGCCUUGCAGACGACCUCCAUCUGGGAAUGUCCACAGACCCUCGUAUGCAACAAAAACCUGGCAUGAUAACAAUGGACAGCUGACUUCUUGUCUGCAUCAAUGGACCCGCAACAAGUAGCCAGAUGAACAAGCGUGACAUCACGUGCAACCCGGCCAUUCUUCCCACAGGCUCACAGUCUGAUGCUUAUACUAUUCAACUGAUUAUCGAGAUCCUCUGGCCGCUCUUCAUCUUCGUUAUCCUCAUUUAUGUUCGUAAGAGAAAUUAUCCGUAUCAGCAGGGCCAAUGUCAUUUCCCAAACAAAGCCUUGCCAUCAGCAGGCACGUUGCCCUGGAUUCAAGGUUUCCUCUGCAACAUCAACAAUCCCUGCUACAGCAGCCCAACACAAGGGGAGACGCCGGGCAAAGUUGGCAACUUUGACAACUCCAUAAUUUCUCGUGUCUUUGUUGACGCACAGAUGGCUUUGGACUAUGCUGCAAAACAGGAUUUUUACAGCCUCCAGAGUCUGAGGAGCAACAUCCAGAAGUUGGCGGAAAAACCUGGAAUCUGGCCAUCUCUCCCAGUAGCAGAGUUCCUAAAAGCCAAUGAGAAGUUUUCCCCCUACUUGCUCACAAAAGCGGGCCUUUCACCUGAGACUGUGAAGAAGCUGUUGAAUGCCGAUCUCAAUUUUCAGGUUUCUUUGUUAGGACCUGAGGUGCAGCUAAAGGAACUUUUGUGCAAUAUAGAGGAAUUUAAAAAGUUUUUGACCGUCGACGGAGGGGAUGAUGCGUUGGUUGACCUGCAAACUCAGUUUUGUAACCUGCCCACUGAUGUCAUUCAGGAGGCCCAGCGCCUCUUCAUCGCUGAGCUGGACACGACUACGCUCGCCAAGAAAUUCAUGUCCGGUAUCACCCCUGUGGACCUGUUAAGCUUUGGCCUAUCCACCGAUGACAUUUCUAAAGAGUUGGUUGACAUCAUGACUGUUUUCGCAUCCCUCACCAGCUUCACGGACAUCAGCAAGGAAUUCCGGCUGCUGUCUAAGGGGAACGAUUCCAGGGAAAGUUUCCAGGCAUUCUCAAGGAUCAUAUGUAAUCGUUCUGAGAUGACCGAGAAGCAAAUUCAGUCUUUAAACUGGUAUGAAGACGACAAUAUAAUGUCAUUCAUGAGAAAAGGCGGCUCGGAAGACACGGACAACGGCCCUCAUAAUCACAGCAAUACUUUCUGCAAGAGUUUGAUUCAAGGUAUACAAAUGAAUCCCCUGUCCCGUAUUGUAUGGGGAGUAAUUAAACCCAUUCUCACGGGAAAACUGCUCUAUGCCCCAGACACUCCUGCAGUUCAACAAGUUAUGAGAGAGGUGAACAAAACUUUUCAAGACCUUCAGAUCUUCAGGGAACUGAAUGAGGUUUGGUUGGAGGUGGGGCCAGAAAUAUUAAGAAUCAUGGAGACCAGACUGGAGAUUCCACUACUGCAGGGUUUGCUACAGUUGCCCAACAUUGCAACACCAGUCAACCAGCGACUGGAAAAAACGCCGUGGACAGCAUCACAAAUAGCUCAUUUCUUGUCCAGUCCUUCACCAGACACACCGAGGAAUAGUGGCAAAAAUUCAACCUGGCGGGAUAUCUACCAAGAUCUCAACUCCACCAUCACCUAUCUUGCACAAGCCACAGAGUGCUUCUUCUUCAACAAAUUGGAGGGGUUGACGAGUGAAGAUCAGCUGAUCGGCAGGGCUUUGGAGCUCCUGGAUGACAGACAAUUUUGGGCAGGUGUGGUGUUUGUGCUUCCCAACACUUCGUCUGCUGAGCUGCCGCCCAACAUCAUUUACAAGAUUCGAAUGGACAUCGAUGAUGUUACCCGCACUGAUAAAGUCAAGGAGAGGUUUUGGGAGCCUGGUCCAGAAGCUAACCCAACAAACGACAUGCGCUACAUUUGGGGCGGCUUUGUGUAUGUUCAGGACCUGGUGGAAAAAGCUGUGUCCUAUGUUCUUACAAAUGUCGAACAAAACAUUGGCAUCUACGUUCAGCAAAUGCCAUACCCCUGCUUUGUGGAUGAUCUUUUUCUUCGAGUGUUGAAUCGCACCCUUCCGCUUUUCUUGACACUGGCCUGGAUCUAUUCUGUGGCAAUCAUCAUUAAGGGUGUGGUUUACGAGAAGGAAGCCAGGCUAAAGGAAACCAUGAAGAUAAUGGGCCUCAGCACAGGGACACUGUGGCUCAGCUGGUUCAUCAGCAGUCUCGUGCCCUUCCUGCUGUCUUCUGCACUCCUUAUUACUCUUCUCAAGUUGGGUAACAUCCUCCCAUACAGCAACGUGGUCGUCUUGUUUUUUUUCCUGACGGCCUUUGCAACUGCCACCAUCACGCAGUGCUUCCUCAUCAGUACUUUCUUCUCCAAGGCCAACAUGGCUGCUGCAUGCGGGGGGAUCAUAUACUUUAGCCUCUACCUUCCAUACAUACUGUUUGUGGUGUGGCAAGACCGUGUCACAACCACUCUUAAAGUGUUCGCUAGUUUUCUGUCUCCUGUGGCCUUUGGGUUUGGCUCUGAGUAUUUCACUCAAUAUGAGGAGCAAGGUGUUGGGAUCCAGUGGAACAAUUUGCAGUCCAGUCCAGUGGACGGUGACCAUUACAAUUUUGCUGCAGCCAUCGUGAUGCUUUAUGUGGAUGCCGUCGUCUAUGCUGGAGUGGCCUGCUACAUCGAAGCUGUAUUCCCUGGUGAAUAUGGCGUGCCUCGGCCAUGGUACUUCCUCUUUCAUAUCAACUAUUGGAAAGGAAUUCCGCUGGAGGAUGACAUUCCAAUCCCCUCCGCCCCUGAGGAGCAGCGUAAAGAUUGCAUUGAAGCAGACCCAAGUAACCUCGUUCUUGGUGUCAACAUAAGUAACCUGGUGAAAAUCUACAAGAAAGGAGCCAAGAUGGCCGUCAACCACCUCAACCUGAAAUUCUAUGAGGGGCAGAUUACCUCAUUUCUGGGUCACAACGGAGCAGGAAAAACUACUACCAUAUCUGUCCUGACGGGUCUGUUCCCACCCACCUCCGGGACUGUUUACAUUCAUGGGAUAGACAUCCUCCAAGACGUUGACACCAUCCGAAAGACCCUCGGAAUUUGUCCACAAUACAAUGUCCUGUUUGAUACUCUGACGGUGGAGGAGCAUAUAUGGUUUUAUGGACGUCUGAAGGGUAUGUCUGAGGAAGAAGUGAAGGCCGAGUUAGACUCUUGGCUUGAAGAUGUCGGACUGCUUCAUAAACGGCAUGAGCCGACUAUCAACCUCUCUGGUGGCAUGAAGAGGAAGCUGUCGGUGGCAAUUGCAUUUGUCGGAGGUUCUAAGGUGGUUGUUUUGGAUGAACCUACAGCAGGGGUGGACCCGUACUCCCGGCGCUCUAUUUGGGACAUGUUGCUAAAAUACCGCAAAGAGCGAACCAUCAUCCUCUCCACUCACUACAUGGACGAGGCAGAGUUACUUGGUGAUCGCAUUGCCAUUAUCUCCCAAGGAAGGCUGCGCUGCUGCGGCUCACCGCUCUUUCUUAAAUCUAAACUGGGAUCUGGCUACUCCCUGACUGUGGUAAAAAAGGAGAGCGAUUUAUUAAGAAAUGGAGACGUAUCCACCGUACACAAUGGAGACACUCGUCUGGGAAAGUGGGAUACCUCAUCGAUGGCUCCACUGCUGUCCCUGGCACAGCGCCACUUUCCUGGUGCCAGUCUGGUAGAGGAGUCACAUUCUGAAGCGGUGAUAAAUCUACCCCAGAGAUCCAUCGAAAGCAGAAGCCUGGCUGUCUUCCUGUUUGAACUGGAUCAGAAUCUGAGUGACUUUGGAAUUAGCAGCUAUGGCUUGUCUGACAGUAAACUGGAGGAUAUCUUUCUACAAGUGGCAGAAGAAACUGAAGUUAAUGCAGAACCAGAGCUGCAGCCUGAUGAUCCUCAGCAAGCGCAAAAGAAGAACAAACAUGGGCAUCAUGGAGAAGAGCUCAAGAUAGAACCUGAGGAGACCGACCUGCCAAGCGGAGCUGGGCAAUGUGCUUUGACCCUGACUGGAUGGGACCUGACCCGGCAGCAUCUGAGGGCCCUCUUUAUCAAACGAUGGCUGUAUGCUCGCAGGAGUCGUCGAGGCAUCUUUGCUCAGAUUGUUCUGCCGGCUGUGUUUGUGCUGGUCGCCCUGAUGGUCUGUCUUAUUGUACCAAAGUUAGGGAAGUACCCACCGCUGGAGCUCCACCCUUGCAUGUAUGGAGAACAGUACACCUUCUUCAGCAAUGAUGUUCCUGGAGAUCCAGCCCUGGAGAAGCUACUGGAAGCUGUUAUGGACAUGCCAAGUUUUGACACCAAGUGUAUGGAGAAAGAGAACAGCCCCACGAGCCACAAGCCUGACAGCAAAAAGGAAACUUUGUUCAGACGGCCUCAGGUCCCCCACUCUACUUGGCAAAUGUUCGCCAAAGGCAACUGGAGCAUGGAGAUGCCUUCUCCUAACUGUGAGUGCAGCACAAAGGAGAUUCUACGAAUACUCCCAGAAUGUCCAGAGGGAGCCGGCGGACUUCCACCUCCACAGGUCAAGAGGGGUAAUGGUCUUAUUCUGCAAAACAUGACAAGCUACAACGUGUCAGAUUACCUGGUGAAGACCUACUCACAACUUCUUAAAAAAAGCAUGAAGAUUAAGAAGUCCGUGAAUGAAUUAAGGUAUGGGGGCUUCUCUUUGGGAGGUGUCCGGAAAUCAUUCAAGGAUGUCGACGUUUCAGUCGGGAAGAUCAGAACACGUUACUCAAUUCCACAGAAUAGUACAUUUAAUAAAUUCUUAAGCAAGCUGCCAGGUUUUCUGGAACGCCUUGAUACACCUAACAAUGUCAAGGUGUGGUUCAACAACAAAGGCUGGCACUCUAUGGUGUCAUUUGUGAAUGUGUUGAGCAAUGGCUUGCUCAGAGCUGGACUACCACCCGAUCCACCAGGACAAAAAAGCAUCACUGCCUAUAAUCACCCACUGAACCUCACCAAGAACCAGCUUAACCAGAUGGCUAUGACAUCAAGCUCAGUGGAUGUUCUGCUUUCAGUUUGUGUGAUCUUUGCCAUGUCCUUUGUGCCAGCCAGCUUUGUGCUUUUCCUGAUUGAAGAAAGAGCCAGUAAAGCCAAACACCUCCAGUUUGUCAGCGGCGUCCAACCAGUUGUCUACUGGGUGGCAAACUUUUGCUGGGACAUGUUGAACUACACAGUCCCGGCCUUCAUCGUGGUGCUCAUCUUCAUCAGUUUCCAGCAGGACGCAUACGUCUCAAAGACCAACCUGCCGGUUCUCAUCAUGCUUCUCCUCUUUUAUGGGUGGUCCAUCACCCCCCUGAUGUACCCAGCAUCCUUUGUGUUCACCCUUCCCAGCACAGCCUACAUUGUUUUGACCUCUGUCAACCUCUUCAUUGGGAUUAAUGGCAGUAUUGCAACAUUUGUUUUGGAAUUGUUUGACGAUGAGCAUUUGCAAGCUGUGAACGGGGUACUGAAGAAGGUGUUACUCGUUUUCCCUCAUUACUGCUUAGGACGAGGACUCAUGGAUAUGGCUAAAAGCCAAGCCAUAGCAGACACCUUUGAGAGACUAGGCGCCAAGCAGACCGUGGACCCAUUCCAGUGGGACGUAGUUGGGAAGAAUCUCUUCGCUAUGGCACUUGAGGGUGUUCUCUUCUUUAUUUUCACCUUAAUGCUGCAGUACAAGUUCUUCAUUGGUCACAGAAGUUUCCAAAACUCCUAUUUUGGUCUGUUAUGUGUCAGGCCACGGACGUUUGUUUCUGAGAGUCUUCCUCUUGGCCCAGAAGAUGAGGACGUGGCCAGGGAAAGAAAGCGGGUCAAAAGUGGCAAAACUAAUUCUGACAUCCUCACCAUGACUAACCUGACCAAAAUUUACAAAGCUGGUACAAAACCAGCAGUCAAUCAACUCUGCCUGGGGAUUCCUCGUGGUGAGUGCUUUGGCCUGCUCGGCGUCAAUGGUGCAGGGAAGACUACAACAUUUCGUAUGCUGACAGGGGACACGUCCAUCACCUUUGGAGAGGCUUUCCUCAACAACCAUAGUGUUCUGAGAGAACUGGAUAGGGUUCACCAGCUGAUGGGAUACUGCCCACAGUUUGAUGCCAUCUGCAACCUACUGACUGCCAUCGAACAUCUGGAGCUCUAUGCCCGUCUACGGGGUGUCCCUGAGGAAUCUGUCUCCAAGGUGGCUCGGUGGGGUGUGAAGAAAAUGGGGUUGAGCCAGUAUGCCAAGCAAGAGUCUGGGGGCUACAGUGGGGGCAACAAGAGGAAGCUCUCCACUGCUAUCGCCCUCAUUGGCGCACCGCCUGUUAUAUUUCUGGAUGAGCCCACCACUGGCAUGGACCCAAAGGCCAAAAGGUUCCUGUGGAACUGCAUCCUCUGCUUCACCAGAGAGGGAAGAGCUGUUGUUCUGACUUCACACAGUAUGGAGGAAUGUGAGGCUCUCUGCAACAGAAUGGCCAUCAUGGUCAAUGGCAGUUUCCAGUGUCUUGGCUCCGUGCAGCACUUGAAGAACAGAUUUGGUGACGGCUACACCAUCAUCAUUCGUCUGAGCGAUAGUGAAUCCAAUUCGGACACGUGCCCUGUCACCAACUACAUGAAGACGAGCUUCCCCAUGAUUGAGCUGAAGGAGCAGCACCAGAACGUGCGGCACUACCAGCUUCCAGCGCAUGCCUGCUGCCUGUCUCGCGUGUUUGAUGUGCUGGCCACCAUGCAUGAGGAGCUGGGCAUCACUGACUCCUCUGUUUCACAGACCACCCUGGAUCAGGUCUUUGUCAACUUUGCUAAGGACCAGACCGACGGUGAUGUUAAGUUUGCUCAGGGACAGACUGAUAAUAAACAGCUCAAAGACAUGACCCCUACUAAUGGGACUGGACAAUCCAAGCGUGGAGGCAUCCCACGUAAGGCAGCAGUCCGGCAGCAGCAAAGGACCACCUCCUCUUCUGGCACAAGAAGGAAGAGAGAAAUGAAAAGGUCCAACUCUGUGACGGAGGACAAACGUCCAAAAAGCAGGGACAACAACACCUUGAGUGGUCGUGGUGGCACCGAGGCAGAGCUGCGUCAAUCCAAAAGGAACAGAAAAGAUCCUUCUUCUCUUUUUAUGGUUGACACCAACACAGACGACACGGCGAUGUGACAAAGUAGCAAGGAUAAGCAUGCUGGUUGGCUUCUAUACAGACGUUAACCUAUUUUCACCCUGGAAAUGUCGUUGAUGGCCUAUAUCCACAAAACGUGAAAGUGAAAAGGUUCAAGUAAGACACUGUUUGGUGCCUUGUUUACGCACUCUUCACCUUUGCCUUUUCACUCAGGUUCAAAAACCCCCUCCUUCCUCUUGGGAUUUCAAAUGAAAAUAUGAGAAUUAAUCAAACACUGUUUUUCUGUACAAAGUGACAAACUACAUUUAUUCAAAAACACUACAAUCAUGUCACAUAGAAGCUUAUGGCAAGAAUUUCAUUUUAGAGGCGGUAACGUUCUUCAAUACCUCCAAGCACGAACAACAAUCCUCAAAAGAUUCUUCACACUUGUGAAUACUUCAGAACAACCCAUUUUUGUUCAGAAAGUUGUGGAGCUACUCUCACAAAACAAAAUUAAUUUCGUAAGUUUACAAAAUAAUCUUCAUUUGCAAAAUGGGGAAAAGACCUCUCAGUGUUUUGACAAUGAAUACUGGGGGACAUUCACCACGUAUACAUUGUCAAUGACAAAAAUUGUAAUUUACAGCUAAUCCAGUUUAAAAUGGGGCUGCUCUAUGUCACUGGGGACCAGGGAAGUGCCCGCUUGCCCGAUUUGGAGGGCCUUGUCUUGAUCUCCAUGUGGGGGGCUGAGGGCAAUGCUUAGCUGUGGGGUGGGUAGGGACGAACCCCCCCCCCCCCCUUCUCUGUGGCCUUCCUACUGGUUGGGCUAUACUGGGCCUGCGGGAGUCUAGCCUUUUACAUCAGUGGUCCCCAACCUUUUUAUCACAGCGGACCGGUCAGUGCUUGACAAUUUUUACCACGGGGGGGUGUUACGUACUUUGUUUGUAUCAAAAAUUGUUUAAUUUGAAUAUCAAAUACAAAACACAAUAAUGAAGAAUAAAAUGAGAAUAUAAUAAUGAAAUCAAUAAACGUAAAAAAUACACACAGAAAAAUAAAGAACAAGAGCCAGCCAUUCUAAAUUUCUUAUCUAAAUAUACCUACAAAACAGUUCAACUUUUUUUUUUAUUAUUAAACACUCCAUGACAGCAGAAAAGAUUUGUCAGUUUGAAACAUUUCCCUCUGUUGGCGACCACAGCCCUAGCACUCUCUUAACUGGUCGCUAGAGUAACGUUUAAACAAGCCUUCAAAAUAAGAUACGAAAAUAUAAAAUAAAACCACGAAAAUGAAUUUAAAGUGCAUGAAACUUUUAACUCACUAUAUAACGUAAAUCAAUGGGAGGCCUCAGCUCGUUUCUCUGCAAUGAGAUGGUAUAUCCACUCUCAUAUGUUGUUUUGUUUUGGUUGCUGCCACUCCAGAAAACCCCGGUUCACAGAUGUCGGAAAUUAGAGAAAUCUUCGCGGCUCUCGUAAUUUAAACACUCUUGUGAGAGAUUUCCCUCUGGAUACCCAUCUUAUUUCCGCAUCUGCGGCCAUCUCUUCACAAAGCUCCUCAAAAAAGCCCGAGUUAAAGGAGUGUUAUGAUGUGGUUAAUAACUUUCUUUUUCUUGGAAGUUGUAGGCUCUUCUUCGAUCCUUUCACUGGGCCGUUUCCCCAUCGAAAAGAAAUUUUCCAAAAUUUUUUUUUUUUUUCUACCUUGUGGGGGUAAAUUUGGCGCUCAAGUGACUGAGAUGUAACCCUGAGAAUCCGGUAAUUUUUCAAAAUGAAAGAUUUUUCAGACUUGGAUAAUGAAUACAACGGAAAUAAUUAUUACUUUGGCGGCACUACCAAUUGAUCCGCAGCCCUGUGGUUGGGGACCACUGUUCCAUCACACACCCGGCACAUUUGUAUUCUUAUCACUGUACAUAUUUCGGACAUUGGAUACGUUCACAUCUCAUUCGGGGGUCCUCUGGGGGACUGGCACGGGCAUGAUAGGGAGGACGCUGGGCUGUGUCGUGGCAGAUUGGUGCUGGUCUCCAGUGUGGUCAUCCCUCUCUUCUCUACCACAGAUAUUUCCACAUCGUUUGGAGAGCUAGUCGUGGACGGUUCCGGGUCAUUUCGUGCCCUGUGAUCAUCUCGCCCAGUCUCCCUAAUUUUAAUGCACGACAAUCCCACCACACGAUCACGGCACAGGGAUAAUGGUUGCCAGUCAGGACCUGUUAACCAAAGUAAUAGGGUGGGUGCUGGGUCUUUACAUUUCUCUUGGCUUGACCCCUACCCUUCCUCAGGGUGCCAGCUCAGCAACUCCAUAUACCAGUUGACAUACAUGUAAUAUGAUGAUCAUUCACAAAUAAGUUCCACGGAGACAGUAUUGACUUGAAUUGUUUAUGAUGGGAAAAUUAACACCUAUAAAUCAUCCCUCCAUACCACUCAUCAGUCGCACUGCCUUCCUUGUUUCCAACAUCCUGUCCUGUCCUCUUUCAUCUUGUUCUGGUUAGUUGUUGCAUGUCAUCAUCUGUACCCCAGAUCUACGAACAUGAUUUGUAAGUAACUUUUAACGUUACUUGUGGUCAAAUAACGAGAGUGUCUUAACGGUUGUCGGCACCCUGAGUCCCCUUGCCCACUGUCCCUUAAAACCAUUUUCUAUCUGGCUGCAUUUUCAAUAAACCUCAGAAUAAUUCAAGAAUAUGUAAACUGUUCCAGCACAAAAAACGUACUGAUCCAAAACUAUGUGUGACCAUGCAGCUGAACAGGAUGGGUUGAAAAAAAAAAUAAAAUUAAGGGACGAUUUGAUGCAUCCUAAAAUGUUGAGUGAAGAACGCAAAGACAUUGUUUGCACUCUAUUUUCUUUGAAAAUCAGGGAAAACUCAAAUGAUGCUGUUCUUUUGUAGGCACUUUUAUCUUGUUCAUGUUUUAUUUUACUGCUUGAAAACCUUUUCUGUGGGAGAUCUUUAUAUUAAUCAGAUAUUUGUGUUUAAGAUAAGGACUGAGAAAAUGUAUCUUAUUAAAGUCAUUAUUGAGUCACACUAUAUCCAUGUGGCUCAACAUAAUAGAAGAUUUAAGGAUUUUCUUUUGGGGUUGGGGGGCAUAUGGAAGUCUGAUGCAACACCAAAGACUAUUAGUCGUUAGUGUUUGUCACAAAUAAUCGACAUGCCAUCUGUUUUUAAAUGAUUUGCACUUUGACGUUAGGCUGGAUGUUGCACAGUAGUUACACGCAUGUUGUAGAUAGAACAUUGAAUCCAAAUUGAUAUUGGAUGAUGGUAUUUCAAAGCCACAAUUACACACACACACACACACACACACACACACAUGAACCUAACCUUGUUGCUCAGAUGAAAGGUUUUACUAUUGAAUGUACUUCUAAGAUGUUACACUUGAAACCGAAUGUUUUUCUCACACUUCGUGUGAUUGUCACUGCUGUAUAUUCUAAAUGGCUGAGAUGACAUAUUCUGUAUGCCUGAUGUAAAUGCUUUUAUUGACAUGUGUUUUUAAGUAUAUUAAAAAUGGGGUUAAUUCA